AUGAUCAGUGACCAUCAACUUCCAACUACCAAACCGACAAAUGAAAAACAGAAAUACGGGAUUCUCAAUCAGAUCUGUGUGGCAAAUCUGCUUCAACCUCGAUCGCUUGACAGCAACUUAGCUCAGAUUCCAGAAAACCUUAAACGAUCAAGCUCCUGUUUUCAACAAGCAAAGCCGGUGAAGACGAAAUCGCCGAUCUCAUUGUCAUUGACGACCAAGCCAAAGUCGUAUACCAGAUUCUUGGCCACACUACUGGGCGAGGACCGGCGCGAUGGCCGGGGAGCCACUGUCGGACGUUUACAGACUAUUCCUUCAAACAAUAUGAGCGGAGGCGGUGGUGAAUAUCAGCAGUUCUCGGUGGCCCAAGAGCAGAGCGGUUACCACACUGCGAGUUAUCAGCCCACCCAACAGCAACAACCGCAAGCGCCAAUUAUAGGCCAGAAGUGA